CGCGCACGCAGCCGCUCCGCCUCCAAAGACGCUGUGGAAGAAAGGAUCAUCAGUGUCGGGUUAGAGCAGUGGAAAGCGAUAAACAAGCAUCCGUGUUAGUGUAUUAUUGAAGGAUGAAAAAGAAAAACGCGACUGCGCCUGCGAAACUUGUGUGUGUGAGGACUUUCGGGUUGGGAGUGUCGUGAUGCCCCGCCCAUAUGUGCAACACAAAGCGUCAAAGAAAUCUGAUUUCUGUGGGCGACUUGUGUUUACACAGGAGCAAUCCACAGCCACGUUUUGCCAAGCAAGCCUAGUUGGGACAGUACUGUACAGGAGUGCUUAGAGUCUGACUCACAGCACAUGCAAACAGUGGAGAAGCUGAGUCCAUGACCGUAGAAGUCCAUUUAUUUGGAUGUUCUGGAUGUUAUGAAGUGCAGCAGUUCAACGCCUGGACGAGCACAUGUUGGUGGGUGCAUGCAGCUAGUGGCCUCCAUGGUGUGAACUUUAAAGGAUGAGGACAUGAGAAGUGUUGCAAACAAGCCUCAGCUGCACCUGGAUGUCUCUGGUUGCAGGAAAUGGUGAAUAAUUAUUAAAAUACUUAGUGUCAUAUUACUGUCAAGAAGCUGGAAGACAGGAAGUGGAGCAACAUGGAGCUGCAGGAUGAGAAGGAGAACAGCCCCCCCAAGUCAGACAGGAGGUUCAGCUUGAGUUACAUCGGAUGGUCGUCUCUGGAUAGGAGGACCACCCUACCCAUGCUGCCUUGGCUGGUGGCUGAGAUCCGCAGGCGGAGUGAGAGAGGCGACUGCGGCCCCGUGGUGCAGCCCCGGGACGUCCAGCUGGUCCUCAACCCCCCCUUCAUCCGAUGCGUCCCCUCCAACACUACCAACUCUUCCGUGUUCAUAUUCGAGCACAAAGCACAGCUCAUCUCUCGUUUCAUUCACAACAGCAAUGAUCUCACCUACUUUGCCUAUCUUCUCCGGGGCCAGCCUGACAACCCGGAGUCAGAAAUGUCCUGUCAUGUGUUUAAGGCCUGCGACCCCAACCAGGUUCCUGAGGUGAUCACCAGUAUUCGCCAAGUAUCCAAAUCGGCCCUAAAGGAAGAUGCCAAGCCCAAACAGGAAGCUGACGAGGCCUUCUAUAACUCCCAAAAGUAUGAAGUGCUGUACUGCGGCAAGGUGAUGGUAGGGCACAAAAAGGCUCCAUCCACACUGGUUGAUGACUGCAUCGAUAAGUUUCGUCAGCAUGAGGUCGAACGUAAACGUCUUCGCCUGCUCAACGGCCAGCGGGGUUCCACAGAGAGUGCCCCAGUGGAGUUCUUCAUGGGGGUAGAUGGAGACCCACUCUCCUCUGUUCUGAAGGAGCGUGUAGAAGAUAAUGAAGGGCCUGGAGCGGUGGAUGUGAUAGGAGGAGGAGGAGGAGGUAAAAGCCUCUCCAGCAGUGCCAGUCAAAGUAGCCUCCGUGGAGCGUUCCCCGAGUGCAUCCUAGAAGAUUCUGGAUUUGAGGAACCGCAGGAGUUUCGGACACGCUGCAGCAGCCUGGCAGGGACUCUACAGAGGAAGCCUGGUGAAGGCAUCAUCAUGGGACCCACACGACGCAGGCAUUCAAGUGCUCCAAAUCAUGUUCAGCCGUCUGAUGCUGACAAAAACCGCACCAUGCUCUUCCAGGUUGGGCGCUUUGAAGUAAACCUCAUCAGUCCAGAUAGUAAAACAGUGGUGUUGGAGAAGAACUUCAAAGAUAUCUCAUCCUGCUGUCAGGGUAUUAAGCAGACCGACCACUUUGGAUUCAUCUGUCGAGACCCAUCCGGAGGUGGUCCUAGUCAGUAUGUGUGCUACAUUUUCCAAUGUGCCAGUGAGUCCCUGGUGGACGAGGUGAUGCUGACGCUGAAGCAGGCCUUCUCUACAGCAGCAGCCUUGCAAAGCAACAAGACCCUGAUCCAGCUUUGUGAAGCGUGCCCCAUGCAUGACCUGCACAAGCUCUGUGAGAGGAUUGAAGGUCUUUAUCCACCCAGAGCAAAACUAGCCAUCCAAAAAUAUCUCUCCCAGCUGACUGAUAAUGAGCAGGUUGAGAUUUUUGAGCGAGUUCAGAGACUGAAGCCUGGAUCAGACCAAGAGGAGAAUGAGCUGGUGAUUCUUCAUCUGAGACAGUUGUGUGAAACCAAACAGAAGACCCACCUACACAUUGGAGAGGCCCCACAGAAUGCAGCAAACAGCUCCGCAGCAGGGGAUGCUGCAGCCACCAGCAGUCGCUUCAAACUCGAUAUCCUCAAGAAUAAAGCUCGCACUUCCCUCACUAACUCGCUGGAGAACAUCUUCGCAAGGGGGGCCAGUCGGAUGCGAGGUCGUUUGGGAAGCAUGGGAAGCAUUAGCAGCUUUGAAAGACAGGAUGAAGAAUCUCCUGGUGACUCUCCUCCAGGUUCCCCUCCUAAUUUCUCGGACGAUGAUCCGGAAGGCGGCCUGCAGUUCCGUCGGCGUGCCCACACCUUCAGCCAUCCACCUGUGAAGAAGCGCAUUUCCUUUGAGGGCCAACCCACCAGCCAGAGUAAACAGGCUCCACUGCGGAGACAACACUCUGUUAACCCAGAACUGCUGCAGAACAGUCCCGUGGUCGUCUCGAGAACACGCAGUGUUUCGGAGAGCGAGUCCUCCUUCAGCCUCCCCUCCUCCUUCUACGCUCCCACUUUCCUGAAAAGCUUUUACCAGGGCUCACUGGGCUCCCUGAGCUCCCUGACAGACAGUGGGAGCCUCAAGAGCAAUGGGGAAGGCAGGAAGAGGACCCUGUCUGGCUGCAGCAGCGACUCUUUGAGUGGAGGUGUCCCUCUAACCCCACGCAGAGUCUCCUGGAGGCAGAAGAUCUUCCUGAGGGUUGCUUCACCCAUGAACAAGCCCUCUGCACCCAUGCAGCAAUCAGAGCAUCCUGACGCCCGGGAGCUGUUGCCUCUCUCUCGUUGUGCCUUGACCUCCAGUCUGGACCCACUGGGUCGACUCCUGCCACCAGCAGCUGACCCUCUAACUGGGGAGAGGCCGAAGAAGACAGGGGCCGACUACCGGGCCCUCUGGAAGACUGCCAUUCACCAGCAGAUCCUGUUGCUGCGCAUGGAAAAGGAGAACCAGAGGCUGGAGGCAAGCCGUGAUGAGCUGCACAUCCGCAAGAUGAAGCUGAACUACCAAGAGGUGGGCCAGUGCUCUAAAGAUGCACAGGCAUUGUGGGAGAGGAAACUAUCAGCCCCAGGCAGAACAACAGUCCCACAAGACAGGGAAGAGAUGUACCGUGCACUCUGCCAAGGACUUCCCAAGAGCAGGCGUGGGGAGAUCUGGUUGCUCCUCUCCCAUCAGCACCGACUGCGCCACAGGCUGCCCCAGCGCCAACAAGCCCCAGACACCUCCUACCAAGACCUGCUGAAGCAGCUCACCGCACAGCAACAUGCUAUUUUGGUGGAUCUAGGCCGGACCUUCCCCACCCACCAGUAUUUCUCAGCCCAGCUUGGUGCAGGACAGCUUUCCCUUUACAACCUUCUGAAAGCCUACUCUCUGCUGGAUACAGAGGUCGGCUACUGCCAGGGUAUCAGCUUUGUGGCUGGAGUGUUACUGCUCCACAUGAGUGAAGAACAGGCUUUUGACAUGCUGAAGUUCUUAAUGUAUGACCUGGGCAUCAGACGUCAAUACAGGCCUGACAUGGUCUCUCUGCAGAUCCAGAUGUACCAGCUGUCCAGACUGUUGCAUGACUACCACCGCGAGUUGUACAAUCACUUUGAGGAGCACGAGAUCUGCCCGAGCCUCUACGCAGCACCGUGGUUCCUCACGCUCUUCGCCUCACAGUACCCCCUCGGCUUCGUUUCCCGCAUCUUUGAUUUUGUAUUUGUCCAGGGAACUGAAGUCAUCUUUAAAGUGGCCUUGUGUCUCCUGAGUAGCCAUGAGGGGGAGAUAGUGGAGUGUGACAACUUUGAGAGCAUUGUGGAUUAUCUGAAAACUACACUGCCUAGUCUCACUCAGACACAAAUGGAGCAGACGAUUGCAAAGGUAAUGGAGAUGGACAUCUCCAAACAGCUGCAUGCAUAUGAGGUGGAGUACCAUGUGCUGCAGGAUGAGAUGUUAGAGGCCGGGCCGCUGCCUGAUGAUUCUGAGCGACUUGACAAACUAGAUAAGACAAAUGCGCAGUUGAAGAAACAGAACAUGGACUUGCUGGAAAAACUUCAGGCUGCACGGCAAAAGAUUCAGACGCUGGAGACAAGCGUGGAUAACUUCCUUUCUCGGGAGAGCAAAAUGAAGCAUAUGAUUCGCUCUCUGGAGCAGGAGAGGGCAGUUUACCAGAAGACCAUUGAACGCAUGCGCUCGUGCCUUCCCCCUGACGCCCUGACAGAUGUGGAGAUGACCCAGAUCAAAACAGGACCCAACGGGAAAGCCAAAACUGCAGCCAAGAAGCCCUGAUGGUAACCAGGGGGCUGGCUGCUCUGGGCAGACGCACAGACAGAGACUGAAGUGAACAAAUGGAGACUGUAUUAUGAAAGGCUGCUGAGCUCCACAGCUAUGAUUGUGGUGCUGCAAAAGAAUGUCAAGGUUUUGUAAAGGAGUGAUGUCUGGGCUUUCAGAGUUUAUGUGAGAUGUCUAUGUGAUAUUUUUCAGCAGAUAAUAAGAGUGGGAAGAUGGUUUCGGUUAUAUUAGCAGCAGAGUGUUCCAUUAGUGCAUCAAUGCGACUGUUCUGCGUCAUCUGUUUCAUUGCCAUUUUGAAGGUGAGCUCAAGAUGCACACUAUAAGAUCUUUUGGUAAUGGCAGGGGGAUUUUCGAGGUUGCCACAAAUGAGAAACGUGUCUGCCUCUACAAAAACACAUUGAAAACUGCCUUGAUGUGUUCACAGCCGAACUCAGCAGGACCACAACAGCAAUGAACUGAGGAUGCCUAAUGGCCAGCAAUCUUUUGGACUUCAGGGUCAACUUAUAGCCAUUACCAGUGUCUGUAAUCCUUGAUUUGACACCCACUUGUUUUUCAACUUGCUGACGGGAACUCAGCCUCAGACCUAUCACAUUACUUUAUUUAGCUUUGCUUUUGUUCUGUUGUGUCACUUGAAAUUUUUGUGAAUGUAAUUUCUCUCUAUAGAUCAUUGUGAUUUUGAGCAUUCUGUUUUUCAGAACAGACAUCUGGGUGCACAUCUGCCAUGUUAGGCUUACAGUUUCAGCUGACAUAUAAUAUCUUGUUGCUCAUCUUUUAGCACUACACCACUGCCUUCACACAAGACAUCUACAGUGCUUGUGUGCGCUGCUUUUAAAGGAGGAAGUGUUUCUUCCAGAGCUCAGGCAGGAUGUGAGAUCGUCUGCCUUCUCAGUUUCCUGUGUGACUGACCGCGGUGUCGCCUUGUUUAAGCUUCGUGUUCAGACACCAAGGCAGAGUUCACACGUCCCAGGAGGCCUGAAAAACAGAUGAAUGUGAAUGAAUGAUCUGAAUGUACACCUCAUACUUCUGUUCUAAAACUCUAUACGACAUUUAUGGUUUUUGUCUGUCCAGUCUGUGAUGUUGAUGAUGUUUGGGAAAACGAGCAACAUCCCCUCUUGUAGUGAUUGAUGGUGGGACUACUGUCAGCUAGUUUUGUGUUGCUCAAGAUUUCAACAUCGCACAUAUCAUCAGUUGCUGUUGGUCACGUGGCCAACUUUGUGUUUGCAGUGAAACUUCAGUGUUUAGGUGAGCAGAAGGGCCUCAAAGGAAAUUAGUCUAAACAACUAAGUAACACUGCAGUUUCUGUUUAAGUGGGGACAACAUCUAUUUUCUCCCACCUCUGGGUCUGACUCACGACUGCCAGUUCUUAUUGAAAGCAAAGCAGUCCAGGUAAAACUUUUAAAACAAGGUCAUGUCUGUCAUGAAAAAGCACUCUUACAGUAUCUGUCAGUCUUCUUGUUCUUGGCAACAAGUUGUGAUGACACAUUUGUUUCUGCUUCAUUGUACAUUUUAUUUUCAGACUGGAGUCCAGCUGGAUACAUUCUUAGUACACAAUGCAAGAUGUAUAUGUUUGCUGUUUUCUUUUUUUUUUUUUUUUUUUGCGUACUCCCACAGCACUUGCCUAAUUUUACUGAGUUGAAGUGGAUCCAGCUUGACAUUCCCUGUCAGAGUGAAACGUUCUUCUGGUUAUUGAGGUGACAUUGCAAAAGUUUACACCAAACUUCUCAUUAAUAAUAGAGAAAUUGUUGCCUCUGAACAGCAGGGAUUCUUUCAGAAGUUCAGCAAGUGAAACAUAUCUGACUGUUCAUUUGAAAUGCGUCAAAAAGGAUUCAUAGGAUGCAGUUCUACACAGCUUUUCUUUCUUUCUCUCUUUUUUUUUUUUGCCUAUUCGGCUUAUUUACAGUAUUUGUGCAUCGAUGAACCAAAGAUGUGGCUGUUUUUUAAACUGAAUGAAUGAAAAAAAUGAAUGAAUCACACAAAAUGGUCUACUGUAUUAUAUGUUAAAUGAGAUAACCUCUUGGUUGUUGUACUUGUUCAGGAGUCGGCAUUCUGUGUGUUACACCAAAACAACAGUCUGAAAGUACUAUUAGUGAGACCCUCACAAAGAUCAGCAGGCUUUUUUACCCAGCUUUACGCAAUCAGUCUUUUUUCUAAAUGUAUCCAUUAGUGCCAAAUGUUUAAGAUGGCCUUUGUUCUCCAUUAAUCGGAGAUUUUGGAUACUGAAUUUGAAGCACAUCAGUGUGGUUAGUGAUUGAACCAUUUCAGGGCACUCAGAGUCCUGACUACUAAAUUGUACUUAUAUCACUGUGUUUUAAAGAAAGAUACUUAAUAUUAAACGGAGUAUUUGUUCUGUCACCGUGAGGGCUACACAAAGCAACAAUACUGUCAUGAAUUCUUCAAUAAACCUCACCUUGCCUUGUUUUCUGUCUA